GUAGGUCAUGCUGUGAGAGCAAGGAUUCUGUGUUGUGCUGUUCAUGGGAUUGCAACAGAGAAAAGGCAGAAGGCUUUAAUGAACUGCUGAUGCUUGCUACCAUCUUCGGCAUUAGUCUUUUGAGCUCACUGUCAAUCAGGAGAAGAUUUUAGAUAAGGGAUUGAUGCUGGUGUCAGUUGUGUGACCACCAUCAAAUUGGUGCCCCAAAUUGUUUUAGGGGAGAGUGAUGACAAAUGGUGUCCCAUGUGAGAAUGAGUGACAACGCUCUGCAAUGAUGGACUACAUUACAUGACUUAGAUUUCAGAGGAUGCACGUUCGAUGAUGGUCCUGGGCCCUGUGACUACCACCAAGACCUGUACGAUGAUUUCGACUGGGUCCAUGUCAGUGCUCAAGAGCCUCAUUAUUUGCCACCUGAAAUGCCUCAAGGAUCGUAUAUGAUAGUGAUUUCAUCAGACCAUGACCCUGGGGAAAAGACUCGACUUCAGCUUCCAACAAUGAAAGAAAAUGAUACUCACUGCAUCGAUUUCAGCUACCUCCUGUACAGCAAGAAUGGAGGAAACCCAGGCACUCUGAACAUCCUGGUUAGGGUGAACAAAGGACCACUGGCUAAUCCCAUCUGGAAUGUCACUGGCUCCACUGGCAAAGACUGGCUUCGAGCAGAGUUGGCUGUCAGCACUUUCUGGCCCAAUGAGUAUCAGGUAAUAUUUGAAGCUGAAGUCUCAGAUGGAAGAAAUGGCUACAUUGCUAUUGAUGACAUCCAGGUCCUGAGUUACCCUUGUGAUAAAUCUCCACAUUUUUUGAGGCUGGGGGAUGUAGAGGUCAAUGCAGGGCAGAAUGCUACAUUUCAGUGCAUUGCUACAGGGAGAGAUGCAGUGAAUAACAAGUUAUGGCUCCAGAGAAGAAAUGGGGAAGAUAUUCCAGUUGCUCAGACUAAAAAUAUCAAUCACAGAAGAUUUGCAGCUACCUUUAAGUUGCAAGAGGUGACAAAAACCGACCAGGAUUUAUACCGCUGCGUAACUCAGUCAGAGAGAGGUUCCGGAGUCUCAAACUUUGCUCAACUUAUUGUUCGAGAGCCGCCCCGGCCGAUAGCACCCCCGCAGCUGCUGGGCGUUGGGCCGACCUACCUGCUCAUCCAGCUGAAUGCCAACUCCAUCAUUGGGGACGGGCCCAUCAUCCUGAAAGAAGUGGAGUACCGGAUGACAUCGGGGACCUGGACCGAGACCCACGCUGUCAACGCGCCCACCUACAAGCUGUGGCACCUGGACCCUGACACCGAGUAUGAGAUUCGGGUCCUGCUCACCAGACCGGGCGAGGGCGGGACGGGGCAGCCCGGACCACCACUCAUCACCAGGACCAAGUGUGCUGAACCUAUGAGAACACCAAAAACACUGAAGAUUGCUGAGAUCCAGGCCAGACACAUUGCUGUGGAUUGGGAAUCCCUGGGUUACAACAUCACUCGUUGCCAUACUUUCAAUGUCACUAUAUGCUACCACUACUUCUGUGGACACAACGAGAGCAAAGCAGACUGCCUGGACAUGGACCCCAAAGCACCUCAGCACGUCGUGGAUCGCUUGCCUCCCUACACUAAUGUCAGCCUCAAGAUGAUCUUAACCAACCCAGAAGGGAGGAAGGAAAGCGAGGAGACCAUUAUCCAGACAGAUGAAGAUGUGCCAGGCCCUAUACCUGCCAAAUCAGUGAAAGGAACUCCUUUUGAAGAUAAGAUCUUCCUCAACUGGAAGGAACCUGUGGAUCCAAAUGGCAUCAUUACUCAGUAUGAGGUCAGCUACAGCAGUAUACAGUCCUUUGAUCCCGCUGUUCCGGUGGCAGGACCUCCACAAACAGUGUCCAAGCUGUGGAACAGCACACACCACGUCUUCUCUCACCUGCACCCUGGUACUACCUACCAGUUCUUCAUCCGUGCAAGCACCAUCAAAGGGUUUGGACCAGCAACUACGAUCAAUGUAACAACCAACAUCUCAGCUCCCACUUUACCAGACUAUGAAGGAGUCGAUGCAUCUCUCAAUGAAACUGCUACUACAAUAACUGUACUCUUGAGACCUGCACAGGCCAAAGGUGCACCUAUCAGUGCCUACCAGAUUGUUGUUGAAGAGCUGCACCCGCACCGAACAAAGCGAGAAACUGGAGCCAUGGAAUGCUACCAAAUCCCUGUCACCUACCAGACUGCUCUUAGUGGAGGGUCACCGUAUUACUUUGCUGCUCAGCUGCCCCCAGGAAACCUGCCAGAGCCAUCCCCCUUUACUGUGGGUGACAACAGGACGUACCAAGGUUUCUGGAACCCGCCGCUGGCUCCUCGGAAAGGCUACAACAUCUAUUUCCAGGCCAUGAGCAGCGUCGAGAAGGAAACCAAAACUCAGUGUGUUCGAAUAGCUACAAAAGCAGCAACAGAGGAACCUGAGGUGAUUCCAGAUCCAGCUAAACAAACAGAUCGAGUGGUGAAAAUAGCAGGAAUAAGUGCUGGAAUUCUGGUAUUCAUCCUACUUCUCCUUGUUGUCAUUUUGAUCGUCAAAAAAAGGCUGGGCAGCAAACUUGCAAAGAAGCGCAAGGAUGCCAUGGGAACCACCCGUCAGGAGAUGACCCACAUGGUGAAUGCCAUGGACAGGAGUUACGCCGACCAGAGCACCCUGCAUGCAGAGGAUCCCCUGUCAAUCACAUUUAUGGACUCACAUAACUUCAGCCCCAGAUUGCCCAAUGAUCCACUUGUGCCGACAGCUGUGUUAGUGCCUAUUACUGAUGAAAAUCACAGUGCAACAGCAGAGUCCAGCCGACUCCUGGAUGUCCCUCGUUACCUCUGCGAAGGCACAGAAUCCCCGUACCAGACUGGGCAGCUGCACCCUGCCAUCAGGGUGGCUGAUCUCCUGCAGCAUAUUAACCUGAUGAAGACCUCUGACAGCUAUGGAUUUAAAGAGGAGUAUGAGAGUUUCUUUGAGGGGCAGUCAGCUUCUUGGGAUGUCGCUAAGAAGGAUCAAAACAGAACAAAGAACCGCUAUGGAAACAUUAUAGCAUAUGACCACUCCAGGGUGAUUUUGCAACCUGUUGAAGAUGAUCCAUCUUCAGAUUACAUUAAUGCCAACUACAUAGAUAUUUGGCUGUACAGGGAUGGAUAUCAGAGACCAAGUCACUACAUUGCAACCCAAGGUCCAGUUCAUGAGACUGUGUAUGACUUUUGGAGAAUGAUAUGGCAGGAGCAGUCAGCUUGUGUUGUGAUGGUCACAAAUUUAGUGGAAGUAGGAAGAGUCAAGUGUUACAAGUACUGGCCUGACGACACUGAAGUUUAUGGGGACUUCAAAGUGACUUGUGUCGAGAUGGAGCCCCUCGCAGAAUAUGUUGUCAGGACCUUCACUCUGGGAAGGAGGGGCUACAAUGAAAUCCGUGAAGUUAAACAGUUUCAUUUCACUGGCUGGCCAGACCAUGGAGUUCCUUACAAUGCCACAGGCCUGCUUUCCUUUAUACGGAGAGUCAAGUUAUCUAACCCUCCUAGUGCAGGGCCUAUCGUUGUCCAUUGCAGUGCUGGUGCUGGACGGACAGGCUGUUACAUCGUGAUCGAUAUCAUGUUAGAUAUGGCAGAAAGAGAAGGUGUCGUGGAUAUCUACAACUGUGUCAAAGCUUUGCGCUCCCGGCGCAUCAACAUGGUACAAACUGAGGAGCAGUACAUCUUUAUUCACGAUGCCAUUCUAGAAGCUUGCCUGUGUGGAGAAACUGCCAUUCCUGUCUGCGAAUUCAAAGCUGCUUAUUUUGAUAUGAUUAGAAUAGACUCUCAGACAAACUCUUCGCAUCUCAAAGAUGAGUUUCAGACCCUGAAUUCAGUGACCCCUCGCCUGCAGGCAGAGGACUGCAGCAUCGCCUGCUUGCCAAGGAACCACGACAAGAACCGCUUCAUGGAUAUGCUGCCACCUGACAGAUGUCUGCCUUUCUUAAUCACUAUUGAUGGGGAGAGCAGCAACUACAUCAAUGCUGCUCUUAUGGACAGCUACAGGCAGCCAGCAGCUUUUAUUGUCACACAACAUCCUUUACCAAACACUGUGAAAGAUUUCUGGAGAUUAGUGUAUGACUAUGGCUGUACUUCUCUUGUGAUGUUAAAUGAAGUCGACCUAGCACAGGGCUGCCCACAGUACUGGCCCGAGGAAGGGAUUCUGCGGUACGGCCCCAUCCAAGUGGAAUGCAUGUCGUGUUCAAUGGACUGCGACGUCAUAAACCGAAUUUUCAGGAUAUGCAAUCUAACAAGGCCGCAAGAGGGCUAUCUGAUGGUGCAGCAAUUCCAGUAUUUGGGAUGGGCUUCUCACAGAGAUGUACCAGCUUCCAAGAGAUCCUUCUUGAAGUUAAUUCUCCAGGUUGAAAAAUGGCAAGAGGAAUGUGAAGAAGGCGAGGGCCGGACCAUCAUUCAUUGCCUGAACGGCGGUGGCCGGAGCGGGAUGUUCUGUGCCAUCGGCAUUGUGGUUGAGAUGGUGAAAAGGCAGAACGUGGUGGACGUUUUCCACGCUGUGAAGACCUUGCGGAACAGCAAGCCCAACAUGGUAGAAACCCCGGAGCAAUAUCGUUUCUGCUACGAUGUUGCACUGGAGUACCUGGAAUCCUCUUAGUCGGAAAGGACGUGACGAAGUUCACCAAAUAUAUGAAUCUCAAUAAGCUGUUUUGACAACAGUUCUUGAUCCUGUGAAGAAAGAUUUUAGGGAAAGAGGGGGGUGGGAGGGAUUUUGAAUUUUAAAUGCAAAGUAUUUUUCUUAUGAAGUUGUGUAUCUUAAUAAAAGAACUCGAUCUGUUUCUAUGCUUGUAUACAGUAUCAAUAUUUAGUGCCACAUAAAUACUAUUUAAUGAAAACCAGAGUCAGAAGAGAUUUGAGCAAAUUAGGACCUUCUCGUGUGUGUAUAUGCAGCUGUCUCUCAGAUACAGUAGAGCAACCAUCUGUUGCAUGUAUCAAUAUUUCCUAUAUGGUAUUAAUUUUUUUUCUUUUGAUACAUUGUUAAAGUACAAUAACAGUGCAGAUUGAUAGUAAGGUUCAUUCUUUAUACGUUUCAAGUGUUGCAUAUAUAUAUUAUAUAUAGUAAAAAAAAAACUGGCUUAUUUUGUUUUAAUGUGCAAUGAUGGCUGGAUCACAUAGAGAUCUUUAUAAAGAAACUUAAACAUAAGCCAAAGACUCAAGUGUAAAUAUGUCUAUAUGGAGAAAGCACAUGUAUUUAUUGUUUACUUGCAUUCCUUUUUUGAUGGCUGAAAAAAAGAAGAAUCAUUUUUCUUGAAGAAAGCUUUUUUUGCUGAAAUCAAGUGUAAACAAUUUUUGUAGUUUAUUUUUUGUAUGUUUUAGUGUAAGUAGAAGACAUAC